CUCAAGCCUUUCAAGUGCAACCCUGUGCCUCACGGCACAUCCUUUCAUCCGAUGGUGCAUGCACCCCUCGAGGCCGUGCUUCAGGCCAAGCUGCGCACGGCCUUCGCAAACCUGGAUGACCUGCUGCAGCUGGAGCAGAAGCUUCUGGAGCCGAACCAGGAGUCGGUCUCUGAGGAGGCAAAUGCACGAAGUCAGGCCAACGUGAAUGAGACCUUGCCCCGCGUGGAGGGCGAUGGCCUGUCUUUGACGGAUGAAUGGGCACGAGUCCCCGUCAGCGAACUGGUGAAGGCCUGCCUGCAGAGCUCAUUGUCCAUUAAGCAGGCCAUCGCAGAUGAGUCCAUCGACCCCACGGAGAUGAAGCAAGUCUUGCGCAGCUUGGGCCGUUGCUCCGCCGGAGGCGGGAGCUUUAUGAAGAAGCUCUUCACCAACCCGGACGCGCCCUUCACCUUUCACGGCCAGCUGGCCGGGGAUGCCACCGCCAAGAAGAACGCCAUGAGGAAGUGGUCGGAGGCGGAGGUGGCCUGUGGUAAGGCGGCGACCCACGCCGGCAGCGCAUCCUCCACCCCGGACGAUGCCGCGCAUCUCGUGACGGAGGCGGGUCACUGCUUGGCGCUGAUGGGCAAAGCCAUGGUGAUGCUGCCGGUGCGGCAGGAGCUUCCCUUCCUCUUGGCACACGCCCUGCCAGAGCGAAAGGAGGAUCGCCGCCGUAGCGCUGGCUUCCUGUGAGCCGCACUCUCUCCG